GCCUGCCCUCCCCAUGCCUCUGCGGCGGGCGGCGGGUGGCGGGCCGCGGCUGCUGCUCCUGCUGCCUCUGCGGAGCGGGCCAUGGCGGAGGCGGCAGGAGCCGAGGAGGCCAGCGGGAGACCCGGAGCCCCAGAUAAUCUUCAGAUGGAAGGAACCCAGUGUGCCACCUCUGUAGUCUCAGGCCUUAUAAGUCCUUCAGCCCAGCCUGCCACUGCCAGUUCAGUCAACACAUUUGUGGUAGACUUUCCAAGAAAACGCAAAGGAAGUGUUUCUGAUAACCAGUAUGCAUGUGACAUUGAUAUUGAUGAUCUCCAGAGCAGGAGUGAAGAUGAAGAACAUGUAAAAAUUAAGUAUUUCAGGGAGGCUCAUAGUCAAACAGAGAAAAGAAGGAGAGACAAAAUGAAUAAUCUGAUAGAAGAAUUAUCUGCCAUGAUACCUCAGUGCAAUCCUGUGGCACGUAAGCUAGACAAACUUACAGUAUUAAGAAUGACUGUGCAACAUUUAAAGUCAUUAAAAAGUUCUAAUAGUUGUUACUCAGAAAUCCGCUAUAAGCCUUCAUUUUUACAAGAUAGUGAACUCCAGCAUUUAAUCCUUAAGGCUGCAGAUGGGUUCCUCUUUGUGGUUGGAUGUGACAGGGGGAGAAUCCUGUUUGUUUCAGAAUCUGUUUCUGCAAUACUUGAUUAUGAACCAGCCAGUUUGAUAGACCAAAGUCUUUUUGACUAUCUGCAUCCAAAAGAUGUUGCCAAAGUCAAGGAGCAACUUUCAGCUUCAGAUGCUUUGCCAAGGGAGAAACUAAUAGAUACUAAAACGGGCUUGCAAAUUCACACGGAUUUUCAAGCAGGAUCCUCUCGUCUGAAUUCUGGUGCUCGGCGUUCAUUUUUUUGUCGAAUAAAGUGUACAAGAAAGAACAUCAAGGUGGAAAAGGAGUCACUGCCAAACUCAACAAAGAAAGAUCAUAAAAAGUACUGUACUGUUCAUUGCACGGGGUACUUGAAGAGCUGGCCUCCUAUUGAGGUGGGAGUUGAAGAAGAAAAAGAUGCUGAAAAAGACAGCAGUAGCUUCAACUGUCUUGUUGCAAUUGGGCGAUUACAUCCUUAUACUGUUCCUCAAAAAAGCAGUGAGAUAAAGGUCAAGCCAACAGAGUUUGUAACACGCUUUGCCAUGGAUGGGAAAUUUGUUUUUGUAGACCAGCGUGCCACAGCAAUUCUAGGAUAUUUGCCACAGGAGCUUCUAGGAACGUCUUGUUAUGAAUACUUCCACCAAGAUGAUCACAGUCAUCUAACUGAAAAACACAAAGCAGUGCUGCAGAGCAAAGAAAAAAUAUUCACAGAUUUCUAUAAAUUCAAAGCAAAAGAUGGCUCGUUUGUAACAUUAAAAAGUCAGUGGUUUAGUUUCAUAAAUCCAUGGACCAAAGAACUGGAGUAUAUUGUGUCAAUCAAUACAGUCGUUUUAGGUCAUAAUGAAUCAAAUGAAGAACUACUACUACCCUGCAGUUCCCUGUCGUCAGAAGAUACACAGAAGCCAUCAUUCCUCAGUGUACCAGGGAUGUCUAUAGGAACUGUACUUGGGGCUGGAAGCAUAGGAACUGAGAUUGCAAAAGAAGUCUUAGAUUUACAAAGGUCACGUACUUCUCCAUCUACUGGUGAAUUAAGUCCAUCGGAUCUUAUGAGGAAGUCUUCUCCCCCAGUUUUAACAGUAAGCUGUAGUAACGUGCCAAAUAAAGAACUUACUCAGUUAUACCCUUCAGGGAUAGAGGAUUUGGAAACUUCAAGGCAAAAUCAGGGCACUGUUUCAUUUCCUACGAAUGAGCCUCUUCUCGGUGAUGCUUCUCAGCUGGAUUUUGAUGCCGUGUGUGGAAACGACACAGCCAUGGCUGCUUUUAUGAAUUACUUGGAAGCUGAAGGUGGCCUGGGUGAUCCUGCAGAACUCAGUGACAUACAGUGGACUCUCUAAUAUUUCCCAAUCAAAGAGGAGCAGAUAUUUCUUUGAUGCACAGAAUAAUAGUUCAUCCUCAAGUACUGUAUUAGUAAUACCUUUAAAGGCUUCAAUUCCUAUUUACAAUAUGUAUUUUCGAAAAACGUUUGCCUUACUCACAAAGAAAUGAUUUGGGCUGUAUAUGUUUAAAAGAUGUGAUAUUUUGGGGCGGCGGGGACAGGACACACAGAGAACCUCAGUUUUCUUACAUAUGUUAACUGGAAUGCUUAAACACAUGCUUAUAUUUUUACCAAACUCUUUUAAAAAGAAGUUACUGUAAAAUCAG